CUCUCAUGUUGUCGCAAAAGGACACGCCUCGUGUACGUCACUCAUGUCGAGUGCGAGGGUGAUGCCGGAUCCACAAACGCAUUCUUGUACUGUAGUGUGAGAGGGCGAGCGCAGUACGUGGGUCAUGCAAUUUUCGUGUCUUCGGGCACAUGUUCGUUUGGCGAUUGGUUGCCGUGCGGCUCGAUUAGGGUCGGAGUGAUUAGCGAGGGCGUUGGGUUAGUAGCGAUCGCGAGGGAAGAAAAGUGAUCGCUGCUUGUCUCUUUUCGUCAGAGAGGCUGAUCCGAUCUUUUGUGGGCUGGGUGGGGCGUGGCUGUUCAACGAAGACGAAGAGAAGUGAAUCUUGCGUCGAUCGAUUGUCAUUGUUCUUUCCUCCUCGAUCUCAAGGCCGAGCCUCGAGUCUACUCCGGAUAUUCUGGACGCUGCAGCCAUGGGUGUCACCAAGGAAUCUGUGGAGGCCACUCUCACCCAGAAGCUGCAGCCGACGUACCUUAAGGUGAUCGAUACAUCAGGCGGCUGCGGUGCAAGCUUUGACGUCGAAAUUGCCACGGCUGCUUUCGUCGGCAAGAGAAUGCUGGAGCGUCACAGGGUGGUGAAUACAGCUCUGACAGAGGAGAUCAAGGACAUCCAUGCUCUGUCCAUCAGGAAAGCGCUCACACCUGAGCAAUGGGAGGAGCAGAAUGCCAAGACGACGGCUGCUGCAUAGAAGGUGUUAGCGAGAGUGUUCUUCAUUUUGCUUGCUAUGUGGACAUCGUUGUUGUGAAAUAAAACCAUGAAAUCAAGGCCGGAGUAGCACUGCCAUAGCAUCAUUUGUGGCCGAUACUCGCAUUCAACGCAACGCGCUCCGUUUCUCCUGUUCUCUAGGCUCUGAGGAUGGUCAGGCUCGACUGCUUGCCUGGUUGAUCUUGUGCUCAUGAGCUCUACGCCUUAUUCCUUAGCCUGACAGAAGUACUUGGAACUCUCUACCAUGAUAUAAAGCUACCACCUCGUUUC